AUGAACUCUCUGCUCUCCUCAGUCAUGGCUGACUGUCCGCACACCAUCGGCGUGGAGUUCGGCACCAGGAUCAUCGAGGUGAGCGGUCAGAAGAUCAAGCUGCAGAUCUGGGACACGGCAGGUCAGGAGCGAUUCAGGGCCGUGACGCGCAGCUACUACAGAGGAGCGGCGGGAGCGCUGAUGGUCUACGACAUCACCAGGAGAAGCACAUACAACCACCUGAGCAGCUGGUUGACCGACGCCAGAAACCUUACCAACCCCAAUACUGUGAUCAUACUCAUAGGAAACAAAGCGGAUCUGGAAGCGCAGCGGGACGUGACGUAUGAGGAAGCUAAGCAGUUCGCUGAAGAGAACGGUCUGCUGUUCCUGGAGGCCAGCGCUAAAACAGGUGAGAAUGUGGAGGAUGCGUUUCUGGAAGCAGCCAAGAAGAUCUACCAGAACAUUCAGGACGGCAGUCUGGAUCUGAACGCGGCCGAGUCUGGUGUGCAGCACAAACCGUCAGCGCCGCAGGGCGGCCGGCUCACCAGCGAACCACAGCCGCAGAGGGAAGGGUGUGGCUGUUAAUGACCUUCAUCCUCCACCCGACCACCACAACCAUCCUCCUCUUCCUCUAUCACACACGCUCGCGGCCUCGGCCUGUACCAAAGAGCCGCGGGAACCGCAGAGGGGAGGAACACGGCUACAUGCGCUCAUUUCAUCCUCCUGUCUAUCUCUUCAUCUGUCCAUCCUCGCUCUCUGGUCAGUGUGUUCUUACGUUCCCAUCCUCACCUUCCUCUGACUGCACCACUGCUCAUCACGUCACACACAUCAGUUCAGCUUCUUUUUAUUGAUUGAUUUUAUAGCUCAACAAUGUGACAUCACAGAAAUAAGACCCAUGCUGAAGGAAGUGGCCAAACGUGUGACAUGGAUUCAUAAUCCAACAUGCUGCUGCUGCAUGGGUUGUGUUAGGAUCAUUUUAAGAACAUCAAAUGCGUAUCUGCUGCCAUUUUUCCAACCGUAUGAGAGUCAAUGUGGUUGUGAAAAUCUGUUUGGGUCGGUCACCAACAGGACACCUGUCUGACGCUCCUGCAGAUAAAAAGCACUAGGUUGAGUGUGCAAAAUAAUGCAUCUCAGUUUUAUAUGCAGCUGUGCUCAGAAUAAUGCAUUUCAUUUUUUUAUUCAUCUGUAAAUGCGCAGUGGUCGCAUUGGUUCCACUGAUCAGACCAGAUUUAAAACCUAAUAAAGCGUCUCCUGUUGCAAUCACGUGCAUGUUCAUAUGCGAACGCAUGUGUGAGUGUAGAGUCGGUUUGGGUCGGACAGCUUUAUGAAUCAAAGAGAAUUUACGGAAAGAUUCAUUCUUUCAUCGCUCCCAUCUCCUCUUCUGCUCCUUCAUCAUAUCAACAUUCAUUCCUCUGUCCUCACCACCAUUAUUUUAUGUUGCCUUAUUGUUAUUAUUCAUGUUAAAAUUAUUACUAUCACAGUUUAAUCAACUAGCUCAACAUGCAGUUCAGACUUGAGUUAAUAAGCAAACGGUUUUACAACAGUGCUACUGUUUUUGUAUAGAUCUAGGAAAUGUGAUGGAAAUGGUUCCAGUCAGUGCAUUGGCUUGUAUAUUAACAGCACCACCGCAAACUUCCUCUGAAGCAGCUUCUGUGUCUUAAUUCAGUGUAUGUACCAUAUGAAAUCGGCUCUGAUUCAGCUGCUGUAAAUAAGGCUGUAUCUGUUGAUGUAACGAGCACUGACUCCUCACUCAGCGUGUACAUCACAAACUCUCACACAUCCAGCUGAAGAAACAGGAGGCAAAUUCUCCUACAGAAAGUCUUAAAAAUGGAGAUCAGAUCUUGACUGAUCUAAGGCAGGCACUAGUCCUUUUGAACUGUCUGAAUCUGUGAUCUGAAAGACCUUGCUGUUCACAUGAGCAAAAACAGUACAUAUGUAUAAACUUUGUAGGAGCUGUGCUAAUGUUUGAAAAUCUGUUCUUGUGUGUAUAUGAUUUUAAAAUGUUGACAUUUUGAUUUUAAUGAUGACAAUAAAAAUGGUCUAGACAGAAAGUGUUUCUGCAUU